AUGUCAGCCGACGAAACUUCCCAAGACCCUAGGACGCUAUUGCUGUUCGGGUCUCUCCCCCUGUCUUUUGACAUCUCAUCCCUCAACGAUUUGCGCAAGCAUCUGACCGAGGUCGAAGACAACCUCUGGAUAGCAAAGAUUCUCCAAAACCUGACGCACGAUUGUGAAGAAGCGCUCGCUGCCACCCAAUCCCUCCACCAAGCAUCCGGUCGCCUGGCAUGCGGACAGUUGGCCGAUCUGUGCGAGUAUCUCACCACAGGGCGUCCCCUAGAAACGUCAUUUCCCCUUUCCAACACGUUGCUCGUCCCCCUUGCAGUCGCUGUUCAAUUAGCUCAGUAUGUCGACUUUAUGCGGCGUAAGAGCUCAGCGGAUGGCGAUGGAUGGGCUGAGCCUGUACCUGGUAUGGAGACGAUCGGUCUGUGCACAGGUAUGCUCAGCGCUUUUGCCGUGUCUGCUUCACAAGAUAUGGCGGAGUUGCGGCAACAUGGCGCUGCAGCGAUACGACUGGGGCUGCUGAUAGGCCUUGCAGUUGAUGGCAUUGAUGUAGGUUCAGAAAGAGGACGUUACAAAUCAUUGAGUGUUGCUUGGGCUUCAGCCGAGAGACGCGAAAUGAUGACACGCAUAUUGGCAGAUUUCGAGCAGGCGUACAUUUCAGUCAACUACGACGAGAACCGCGCCACUGUCACAGUCUGCACUGACGAUCUGUUGGAUCUGCUGAGUCGACUACAAGCCGUUGGCCUCAGUGCGUCAGAAAUCAGUCUACUUGGCCGCUUUCACUCCCCAGAGAACUUGAGCGUGGCAGGAGAUCUGAUAGCCUUCUGCGAUACUCACAGUGCUUUUCAGCUCCCACAAGCAACGUCCCUGACCAUACCGACACGGUCUCACGAUGCUACUGGGUCCCGGCUGCAAGACGGUGCGCUACACACUCAUGCAAUCCGUUCAAUACUCCUAGAGCCACCUCAAUGGUUCAGUGCCUUUUCUACAGCAUAUGCCAGUAACAAGGCUUGCCAAGUACUUGACUUUGGACCUGAGCGCAGCGUGCCUCCAUCGUUGUCAUCCAAGAUCAACCACAGCAUGAUCGCGCCAGGAACUAGAAUGGAACCACGAUCUAGCCGUAACGGGAUGGACAGCGAUAUUGCCGUUGUCGGCAUGUCGUGCAAAGUCCCGGGUGCCAAUAACUUGGACGAAUUUUGGGAUCUACUGGUUUCCGGUCAGUCGCAGCACCAAGAUAUCAGCCCUGGCAGCAUCGCCGGGUCUCGCUUCUCUUUCGAUGACGGACCGUUCCGUACUACUUCCGAUCCCAACAUGAAGCGCAAGUGGUUUGCCAAUCUGGUAGACGGCCACGAUCAGUUCGACCACCGCUUCUUCAACAAGAGUGCGCGUGAGAGCGCGUCGAUGGAUCCGCAACAGCGUCAUUUUCUGCAAGCCGCGUAUCAAGCCGUUGAGCAGAGCGGAUACUUCCAGUCGACAAAUACACCUGGGAACAACAUUGGUUGUUUCGUAGGCGUGUGCCUUGGCGACUACGACAACAACGUCGCUUCUCACGCAGCCAACGCCUUUACUGCCACGGGAAACCUCCAGGGUUUCAUCUCUGGCAAGAUUUCGCAUUUCUUCGGUUGGACUGGGCCAGGGCUUACCAUCAACACAGCCUGCAGUUCGUCUCUGGUGGCGGUGCACCAAGCAUGUCAGUCAAUCUUGUCGGGCGAGUGCGAGGCGGCGCUUGCGGGUGGAUCGCAUAUCAUGACUUCGGCUGAGUGGUUCCAGAACCUGGCUGCUGGUUCGUUCUUGAGCCCGACUGGCCAGUGCAAACCGUUCGACGAGAAAGCCGAUGGAUACUGCAGAGGUGAAGGCGUUGGAGCUGUCUUCCUCAAAAAGAUGAGCAAGGCUAUUGCAGAUGGCGACCCCAUCUUGGGCGUCGUCGCCGCGACUGGUGUCCAGCAGAAUGAGAGUUGCACACCGAUAUUUGUGCCCAACGUCCCUUCGCUGAGUCAUCUCUUCGUCAGGGUGUUGAACAAGGCUCGCGUGAAGCCAUCGCAGAUUUCAGUUGUUGAAGCUCAUGGCACCGGUACAGCAGUCGGCGACCCUGCAGAGUAUGACAGCAUCCGGCGCGUCCUCGGUGGUCCAAACCGCGGAUCCGACAACCAACUGAUGCUUAGCUCAGUCAAGGGGCUAGUUGGCCAUAUGGAAUGCACCUCUGGCGUCAUUGGCUUGAUCAAAAUCCUGCUCAUGAUGAACAGAGAGACGAUUCCACCGCAGGCUAGCUUUGAGAAGGUGAAUCCAGCCCUCAAUGCAAAGCCAGCAGAUGGGAUCACCAUACCAACCCAGACAAAGCCAUGGAAUACAGAGUUCCGUGCCGCUCUUCUGAACAACUAUGGUGCCUCGGGGUCAAAUGCCUCUGCCGUCAUCCUGCAGCCUAGGAAUCUGACAGGGGCACAGUCUUAUGUGAAGAUGCCUGCAGGAGCCAAGUACCCCUUUUGGUUUGCCGCAUCUGAUAAGAAGAGCAUGUGUCGCUAUGUGGCAGCAUUCCGGGCCUAUGUUUCUCGAUACGGAAACGCCACUUCCUUGGCCAACAUCGCUUUCAAUCUUGCAUAUCAGAGUAACCGCACCUUGGACUCGAGGCUGCUGCUCACCGCAAGGUCCAUUGGAGAACUGGACCAAGCCCUAGCUACGUACGAGAAAGCCUACAACGCCAACGUAACGACCAAGUCCUCAUCCCGUUCGGUGACAACUCCAAACGUCAUUCUGUGUUUUGGGGGACAGGUAUCCUCGCAUGUCGGCCUUUCCCGUCAAGUAUACGAUAGCUUCAGCGUGUUUCAAAGCCAUCUCAACCACGUCGACGCUGUGGUGCAGUCCCUGGGGUGCUCUAGCAUCUUUCCCGUCGAACUGCAAACCAUGCUCUGGAUGGACUGCCGUGCUCGACCAGUUGCACUUUUAGGCCACAGUUUCGGCGAGCUCACAGCUCUCUGCGUAUCACAGAUCCUCUGUCUCGAAGAUGCGCUGAGAAUGAUCAUUCGUCGGGCAACUUUGGUCAGAGAUGCUUGGGGCCCUGACAGAGGCGCUAUGUUAGCAGUUGAGUCUGAUCUCGAUGACUUGAAACAACUGAUUGCGCAUUCCAACAGCACUCAUUCAGACGGACCUGUGACAAUUGCUUGCUAUAACGGGGCAAGAAGCUUUACUCUUGCGGGGUCGACUAGUGCUAUAGAGGUUAUGGCUGCUCAACUCAAAGGCCGGACCAAUGUCAAGAGCAAGAAGCUCAGCGUCACAAACGCAUUCCACUCGGUGCUCGUUGACGAUAUUUACGACGAGUUGAAGCUUGCCGGGAGAGGUUUGACCUUUCGCAAGCCUAUGAUUCCUCUCGAAUUCGCCACUGCCGAGAGCACCACAGUAAGCGAGUUAUCAGCCCAAUUCGUUGCCGACCACAUGCGCAAUCCCGUUUACUUUCAUCACGCCGCUAGACGUUUGGCCACACGCUACAGCGACUCUCCCUGUAUUUUCUUAGAAGCAGGGUCCAACUCUACAAUAACAAACAUGGCCGCUCGCGCACUCAUCGACUUCAAGGACUCAUUCUCGUUUCAUGGUGUCAAUAUCUCCAACUGCGAAGACGGCUGGAACAAGUUGACCGACACCACGGAAUCUCUGUGGAAGGCUGGCUUACCAGUGCAGCAUUGGGCACACCAUAGUUCGCAGAGGCGGCUUCAGGCAGAUAUAUACCCUCUGUUUCUACCACCGUACCAGUUCGAUCCUGACUCGCGACAUUGGAUGGAGCUGAGGGCCCCGCCUCGCGCCCAGACCAUCAAGGACGAUUCUCGCGAGGAUAGUGAGAAGAGAGAAGAUGAUCCAGACCAACUCUUGGCAUUUCACGGGUUUCGAGACGGCGUAGCUCAAAACCAAGCUCUGUUCUGUAUCAACACCAAUGCAGAGAAAUAUCAGCAACUGCUAUCGGGACACGUUACACUACAGACUGCGCCGAUACUGUCCGCCACUCUGCAGAUUGGCUUUGUAAUUGACGCUAUUGGAGCCAUCCAUCCAGACUAUCGGACGAUGCAAUGCCAACCACAAAUUCGGGAUGUAGAAUAUCACUCCCCAGUGUGCGCCAACUCAGGGAAAUCGACCUGGGUCGAGAUCACCAAGAAUACAUCCACGUUAGAAAGUCACGACUGGCGUUUUGAAGUAUUCAGUACCGACAAUGAGCGAACUAGUCAGGCACGAUUCGUGCAUACCACUGGCCAGGUGAUCUUUAGUACACCAGACGACUCAUCGGUGAAGCGCGAGCUGGUGCAUUUCGAGAGGCUCUUCAGACACAGUCGUGCUACCGACCUCCUACAGACCACGCGGGCAGAAGAGGUGCUUGGAAACCGCAACAUCUACCGCCUGUUCUCUGACAUUGUUGCUUAUGGCGACGAGUUCCGUGGUAUGCAGAAGAUGGCUGGCCAUGGUAACGAAACGGCAGGUCAUGUCAUUCGUCUCAACAAAGACCCCAAGUUAUGGUUUGAUCCUCAUCUCGCGGAUACUUUCUGCCAGCUCGGUGGCUUGUGGAUCAACUGCAUGCAAGACCAUGGUCGAGACGAGGUAUAUCUGGCAAAUCGUAUUGACCAAUGGAUGAGGUGGCAUUCUACUGAGAACCGACCCGACAAGUUUGACGCCUUCGCCAUGCAUCAUCGUCCCUCGGAUCAGCAAUCAUUAACAGACGUGUUUGUUUUUGAUGCCGUCACUGGCGCCCUCGUCGAGGUCAUCCUCGGUAUUUCAUAUGUUAAGAUCUCAAGGCCAUCUAUGGAGAAGCUUUUGAUCCGCAUGUCCUCCUGGGAAACCAAGGUUAUCCCAUCGAAACCAUUAGCUGUGUCGCCUACAGCGCCUGUGUUUACACCAGCAUCGAGCAGUGUGCACAGCGCGGUUGAAGGCACUUCCUCGAUAUCGCAACCAGCGCCAGUCGAUUUGCCAACAGGUCAUUACGGGGCCCCAGCAGACCACAGCAAGCCCAAGUCCUCACAGCACGCGUUACUGGACCUAGCAGCGAAAGUAAAGGCCGUCAUCGCCGACCUGUCAGGUUUAGAGAUUGCAGAGAUCCAAGACGACAGCAUCCUUGCAGAUCUAGGCAUCGAUUCACUAGCGGGUAUGGAGAUGGUGAAUGAGAUUGAGUCCACGCUUAGUGUCAAGCUUCCCGAUGCUGAGAUUCUCAUGGUCACUGACUUGCCCGGUUUGAUCGGAUGCACUGCCGGAGCCAUGGGUCUGGCUGCAGAGCCGAUUGAGGAAGCCGACGACUCCUCUGACAGGGACACGACGAGUGCCACGACUUCUGAAGAUGGCACGACACACAGCAGCUCAGUGGCGCCCACCACAGAGUCUGGAGGUAACAAGGAAGAGUGGCAUGGAGAUCUUGACGAGCUCAAGCUGUCCUUUUCGACUGUCAUGGAGGCUUUCAAUGAGAUGAAGGCCGGUACAGACGACCGAAUAACAGAGCUACAGCAGACUUGUUAUGUGGCAGAGAUACUACCGCUGCAGGAAGAGUUGACCAUUUCACUGACACUCGAGACGUUUGAGGCUCUGGGCGCUGGACUACGCGAUGCUCAGCCAGGCGAGCAAGUCACACGUAUUCGACAUGACAAAGCUCAUCAACAGCUGGUGACACACCUGUAUAAGAUGCUGGAGAAGGAGACUCAAAUUAUCAAGAUAGACGGGAAAGCAAUCACACGAACGGCUGUGCCUCUCCCUCAACAGCAUAGUGCACAAUUGCAAGACGAGCUACUUCAGCGGGCACCAGACCAGCAAUCGGCCACCAAGCUCCUCUAUUAUGCUGGAAAGAACCUGAAGCACGUUCUCCUAGGUGAGACAGACGGUGUCAAGGUUAUCUUUGGCUCGAGUGAAGGCCGCGAACUCGUCAGUGACUGGUACGCAGAGUGGCCGCUGAACCGUGCGCUGAUCGCGCAGAUGGAGGAUUUCGUCACUCGUCUGGUCCAUAUGCUCCAGACCACGUCUGAUGAGUUCAAGCCAAACGCAAGUAGACCACUGCGUAUCUUGGAAAUGGGUGCCGGUACAGGCGGUACCACCAAGCGAAUAGUGCCGCUACUAGCCCGACUGCAGAUACCUGUUGAGUACACCUUCACUGAUCUGGCACCCUCAUUCGUCGCUGCAGCAAGGAAGAAUAUGGGCAAGCAAUACCCGUGGAUGAAGUUCCGCGUGCAUGACAUUGAAAAGGCACCAGAGUCAGACUUGGUAGGGACUCAACACCUUGUCAUCGCGAGCAACGCCAUCCACGCGACAAAAUCCUUGACCGAAAGCGCCAAGAAUGUGCGGCGAGCCCUACGCCCCGACGGGUUUCUCCUCAUGAUGGAGAUGACGCGUACACCGUACUGGGUAGACCUUAUCUUUGGUCUCUUCGAGGGAUGGUGGUUGUUUGAAGAUGGCCGUCAGCACGCCUUGACGCAUGAGUCGAGGUGGGAGGCUGACCUACAUGCUUCUGGAUACGGCCAUGUUGACUGGACGGACGGUGCGAGGCAGGAGACAGAGAUACAGAAGCUGAUAUUGGCUGCGUCCAAUCCGGAUAAUAGGUGCGAGCAAUUGUUCAAUGUGAGACAGACGGACCAACAGCACAUCGCAUCUCUCGACUGUGCAGCACGUGAACAAGUUGUCGUCAACUACGUGCGUGACCUUACCCAAGGUUUCGAAGCGUCUAUAACAAACGCUCUAGCUGCCUCAGUUUCAGACCCUACGCCCAGUUCUAAAUGCAUCGUGAUAUCCGGCGGCACUGGUGGCUUGGGUGCACAUCUAGUAGCCGAAGCUGCUCUCCGAUCAGAUACCACAAAGGUUGUGUGCUUGAACCGUCCAAACAAACGAGAUGCAAGAGAGCGGCAGAUUGAAGCGUUGCGAAAGAAAGGCAUUCAGCUUCCGUCCGAGGCAUUGGCUAAGCUUCAUGUUCUGCAGACCGACCUGUCACAUGCUGUGAACCUGGGGUUGUCCGAUCAAGACUACUCUUCACUAAUUCGCGACGCUACGCACAUCAUUCACAAUGCUUGGUUGAUGCACUCCAAGUGGCCCGUCAAGCGAUUCGAGCCGCAGCUCCGCAUAAUGGCAAACAUGCUCCGUCUGGCUCGCGACAUCUCAGCCCGACGAUCACGAAACUCGCUUGUGACGUUUGAGUUCAUUUCUUCAAUCGCUACGGUUGGGCACCACCCGCUCCUGACAGGGAAACCCGUGGUGCCAGAAGAGCGCGUUUCUAUAGGCAGUGUUCUACCCACGGGAUACGGAGACGCCAAGUAUAUCUGCGAGCGUAUGCUAGACGCGACACUUCAUCGCUUCCCGGACCGCUUCCGUGCAACAGCGGUGCGACUUGGUCAGAUAGCUGGAAGCACGACAAACGGCCACUGGAAUCCCAUGGAGCACGUCUCAUUCAUGAUCAAGUCGUCCCAGGCCUUGGGGGCCCUACCAGAUCUCCCAGGAAGCGUGGGGUGGACGCCUGCCGAUUGCAUGGCCACUACAUUACUUGAGAUACUGGCCCAGCCAGAUGCCGUGUCUCUGUGUCCCAUCUAUCACAUCGAGAACCCCGUUCGACAGCCCUGGCACGACGUCACCGCCGUUCUCGCCGAUGCUCUGGCUGUCUCGGGGAAUGCACUAAGAAUCGUUGACUUUGAGGAGUGGAUCGACGCUGUGCGGAAUUGGCCUGAGCGAGAGCAGAACAAUCCCCAUGGAGCUAAUCCCGCGCACUUGCUCGUUGAGUUCUUGGAGACAAACUUUGUACGCAUGAGUUGCGGGGGAUUGCUGCUGGGGACAGCAAAGGCAAGAGAGCAUUCGCCCACUUUUGCAAAGCAAGGCAUGGUGAGCGAUGACUUGAUUAGGUUGUAUAUCAAAAGUUGGAUCGAGAUGGGCUUUUUGGCUUAAUGCUUGUGGCUAUCUCCGAGGGAAGCCUAGCUAGAUUUGGCAGUGUUAGAGGUAGAAUCAUAGCUCCUCUCCAGAAAGAGCAAAGCGGCAUCGUAGAAUGGGACACGCCUUGUUAUGGGUAAAGAGACUUGUCAUCAACGGGUUCAUCGGGG